AUGCAAUCUCCCCCCGAAGAACCCAUCUCCAUCCCCGACCACCUCGACGGCGUCGCCUACCUAUACGGCCACCCUCUCCUCAAUUCGCUCUCCCCUCCCCUACACCAGACUGUCUACACGACCCUCGGCCUCAACUGGACCCAGAUUCCCCUCUCCAGCGUCACCGGCACCUCCGCGACCUACCCCCCGCCCUACACCCGGUCCCCGCCCAUCCCGACCUUCCUGGCCAGCAUCCGCAACAACCCCAAGUUCGUCGGCUCCUCCGUCACCAUGCCCUGGAAGGUCGGCAUCAUGCCUCACCUCGACGACCUCACCGAAGACGCCAAGCAGGCCGGCGCCUGCAACACCAUCUUCCUGCGCAAGGACCCCGCCACGGGCUCGACCGCCUACGUCGGCACCAACACCGACUGCAUCGGCAUCCGCGAGGCCCUGCUCCAGAACUCCCCCUCUACCUCCGGCGACCCCGUCGCUGAGAUCUUCCGCGGCAGGCCCGCCCUCAUCGUCGGCGGCGGCGGAACCGCCCGCACCGCCAUCUACGUCCUGCGCAAGUGGCUCGGCGCCAGCAAGAUCUACGUCGUCAACCGCGACACCGCAGAGGUCAACGCCAUCCUCGCCGAGGAUGCCCAGCGCAACCCCAACUCCGACGGCUCCCUCCCGCCCCUGAUCCACGUCACCGACCCCGCUGUCGCCGCGGGCCUGGAACCCCCCGCGGCCAUCGUCUCCGGCAUCCCGAACUACCCGCCCGAGACGGCGGAGGAGAUCCGCGCGCGUGAGGUCCUGCAGGCGUUCCUGGGUGAGGAGACGGACGAGAAGGCCACGGAGGGGAAGAAGCCGCGGGGUGUGAUCUUGGAGAUGUGUUAUCAUCCGUCGCCGUGGACGGAGAUCGCGGGGCUGGCGUCUGCCGCCGGCUGGAAGGUCAUUCUGGGCUCCGAGGCGCUCAUCUGGCAGGGUCUGGAGCAGGCGAGGCUCUGGACGGGUCAGGACGUGGUCAAGGUGCCGGGGGUGGUGGAGAAGGUGAAGGAGUUGGUGGCCAAGUCGAUUGCGGAGAGGGCGGCGAAGUCGAAUCUAUAG